CCCAAAGAAAAGAAAAAGGCAACCAACCCCUCAAGAUUAUCGGUAUUAUAAGUAGAGGGACACUAUUACGACACACGCGCCCUUCCUCUUCACUUCUUUCCCGAAACAGAACACCAAACCACCGAGCCGGAGCAGAGCACCCAUGGCCGGCCGUCGCACCGAACCUCAGCCAUCCUACAGCACCUAGCCAGCCACCCACCCACCGUAGCCACGAUGAAGCUGGCCGUGGAGGUCGCGGACGCGGCGGAGCUGUCCGCCAAGGACGGCGCGGCCUCAUGCAACGCCUUCGUGGAGGUGGAGUUCGACGGGCAGCGCCAGCGCACCGCCACCCGCCCCGGCGACCUCUCGCCGCACUGGAACGAGACGCUCGUCUUCGACGUCCGCGACCCGGCACGCCUCUCCGCCCUCACCGUCGACGUGUCCGUCCAGCACGACCGCAGCCUCAACGACCACAACGCGCUCCGCCCCCACGCCUUCCUCGGCCGCGUCCGCGUCUCCGGUGACUCCGUCGCGCGGUCACCCGACGACGCCGUCGUGCAGCGCUACCCGCUCGAUAAGAGGGGGUUAUUCUCCCGCGUCUCCGGGGACAUCGCGCUCCGGCUCUACCUCGUCGCCGACGCGCGGGACGGCGAUCGCGUCGCGGCGCAGGACCAUGCUGCUCCGGUGGUGGACACUGGCGGUGGUCUGCAACAGAACCAGCAGCAGCCUUCCCAGCCCGCUGCUGUCGCCAGCUUGGACCCCGAGAGAAUGGUCAGGAACGUCUUCUCCGGCGGCGGCGAGGCGCCGGCAGGAGCUUCUGUUGCAUCAGGGUCAGGGGGGCCGGCGGCGGAGACUAAGGGGAAGAGCGGCCACGACACACGCGAGUUCCGCUCCAUUCCGGCCUCGUCAGGCGGCGGCAACGAGCCUCGGCGCCACACGCUCCACGCCAUGGCGGCGCCGGCCCCUCCGGCGGGGCAGACGGUGGUCGUGCCCAAGCCCGCAGGACCUGCCCAGGCACCGCCUCCGGGCUCGCAGUACGGCCUCACGGAGACGAAGCCCCCGCUGCCGGCCAAGAUGGGGCCGCGCGCGGGGACGAACAAGAUCGCGUCCACCUACGACAUGGUGGAGCCCAUGUCGUACCUGUACGUGACCGUCGUCAAGGCGCGCGACCUUCCCUCCAUGGACCUCACCGGCGCUCUGGACCCGUACGUGGAGGUGAAGCUGGGCAACUUCAAGGGCGUCACCCGGCACCUGGAGAAGAACCAAAACCCGGUGUGGCGGCAGACGUUCGCCUUCUCCGGCGCCCACCUCCAGGCCAGCCAGCUCGAGGUCAUCGUCAUGGACAAGGACACGCUCCGCGACGACUUCGUCGGCCGCGUCGUUUUCGACAUGUCCGACAUCCCCAGCCGCCUCCCGCCGGACAGCCCGCUCGCGCCGCAGUGGUACAGCCUCGCCGACGCCCACGGCGAGCGGUUCCGGCACGGCCACCCGCUGGGCGAGAUCAUGCUCGCCGUCUGGCUCGGCACGCAGGCCGACGAGGCGUUCCCGGAGGCGUGGCACUCGGACGCGCACUCGCUGUCGAGGGAGGGGCUCACUAACACGCGCUCCAAGGUGUAUUACUCUCCCAAGCUCAUCUACCUCAAGAUCUCCGUCAUCGCGGCGCAGGACCUCAUCGCCGCCGACAAGGGCCGGCCGCUCGCGCCCACCAUCGCCAAGAUACAGAUGGGCAGCCAGAUCAGGCGGACGCGGCCGGGGCAGCCGCAGGGGUCGGCGAACCAGGCGUGGAACGAGGAGUUCAUGUUCGUGGCCAGCGAGCCGUUCGAGGACCCGCUGGUGGUGACCGUGGAGGAGAAGGUGGCCGCCGGCCGCGACGAGGCCAUCGGCCGCAUCAUCAUCCCCGUGGCGGCGCCGUACGUGCCGCGCAACGACCUGGCCAAGUCGGUGCCGUCCAAGUGGUUCAACCUGUCGCGCGGCAUGACGGUGGACGAGGCGGCGGCGGACGCGACGACGGGGACCAAGCACCGGGAGCACUCCAAGACCUUCGCCAGCAAGAUCCACCUGAAGAUGAGCCUGGAGACGGCGUACCACGUGCUGGACGAGUCGACGCACUACAGCAGCGACCUGCAGCCGGCGGCGAAGAAGCUCCGCAAGAGCGCCAUCGGCGUGCUAGAGGUCGGCAUCCUCAGCGCGCGCGGCCUGGGCGGCAGCAAGAACCCCUACUGCGUGGCCAAGUACGGGUCCAAGUGGGUGCGCACGCGCACGCUGUUGGGCACGGCGGCGCCGGCGUGGAACGAGCAGUACACCUGGGAGGUGUUCGACCUGAGCACGGUGAUCACCGUCGCCGUGUUCGACAACAACCACGUCCACCAUAGCGAAGGAGCAAAGGACCAGAGGAUCGGCAAGGUGCGCGUGAGGCUGGCGACGUUAGAGAGCGACCGCGUGUACACCCACUACUACCCGCUGAUGGCGCUGAGCCCCGGCGGGCUGAAGAAGACGGGGGAGCUGCACCUCGCCGUCCGGUUCACGUGCACGGCGUGGGCGAACAUGCUGGCGCAGUACGGGCGGCCGCUGCUGCCGAAGAUGCACUACAGCAACCCCAUCUCCGUGCUGCAGCUGGACUACCUCCGGUUCCAGGCGAUGCAGAUGGUGGCGACGCGGCUGGGCAGGUCGGAGCCGCCGCUGCACAGGGAGGUGGUGGAGUACAUGCUGGACGUGGACUCGCACAUGUUCAGCCUGCGGCGGAGCAAGGCAAACUUCUACCGCAUCACGUCGCUCUUCUCCGGCGUGGUGGCCGUGGGCAAGUGGUUCGACGGCAUCUGCAAGUGGAAGAACCCGCUGACGACGGUACUGGUGCACGUGCUGUUCCUGAUCCUGGUGUGCUACCCGGAGCUGAUCCUGCCGACGGUGUUUCUGUACCUGUUCAUGAUCGGGGUGUGGAACUACCGGCGGCGGCCUCGGAAGCCGCCGCACAUGGACACGGUGCUGUCGCACGCGGAGCAGGUGCACCCGGACGAGCUGGACGAGGAGUUCGACACGUUCCCGACGAGCAAGCCCAGCGACGUGGUGAGGAUGAGGUACGACCGGCUGAGGAGCGUCGCCGGCAGGGUGCAGACGGUGGUGGGCGACCUGGCCAUGCAGGGGGAGCGCGCGCAGUCGCUGCUCAGCUGGCGUGACCCGCGGGCCACGGCCAUAUUCAUCACGCUGUCGCUCAUCGUGGCCGUGGUGCUAUACAUCACGCCGUUCCAGGUGGUGGCCGUCGUCGCCGGGAUGUACAUGCUCCGCCACCCACGCUUCAGGAGCAAGCAGCCGUCGGUGCCAUUCAACUUCUACAAGCGCCUCCCAGCCAAGGGGGACAUGCUCCUAUAGCAUAGACUUAUCUAAAUCUAAAUUAAUUAUAAUUGCCGGUACACAUACAUAUAGAAACAAAAACGAUCACUUUGUUAUUGUGUGAUGAGACAAUCGUACAAAUAAAAAUAAGAAAAGUUGGAGCGGGUAGAUACGAUGAACAUUCAGAAGCUUCCUCUCAAUAAUUCAAAAGUUGAGUAGUACUCCAUACCAGGAAGAGAACAAAGCGGCAGAUGCGGCAUUGUUUUCAUCCAGCAUAGUAUUAGUAUUAUUUUUUGAUCCACUACAUUCCAUACCAGCAUACUUUUGUCGGUGCGGCGUGCAUAUUCUUUUCUCACUUUUGUCCAUGUUCUUGGUCUUCUUUGGAUAUACCGUAUACGUGUAGAGUGCGGAAUCAAUGUUGCUCGACCAAGCUAACGAGAAUAAAUAAAUAAAGCCUUCAUGUACUAUUGUACUGUA